AUGGCCCCUGGUGCCUCCUUAUCUCACGGAGGGUCUGCAGCGCAUGUCGAGUGGUCUUCUAGAAGACGUCCACGGUGCCGGGGUGCCCACCUGACGCAGCUGCACGUGCCCCGCGUGGCCCUCGUGGGGACCGACGUGCGCCUCACGUGCGACUACGACGAGGCCGUGGGAGGCUCCAAGCUCUACUCCCUCAAGUGGUACAAAGACGACACAGAAAUAUACAGAUACGUGCCCGCCACGGCCCACACAGCUGUGUGUCCUCCGCAGGCGUCUCUGCCUGGAGUGUCUCUGGACUGCUACGGGUCGAGCGACAGGGAGCUGGUGCUGUCGAGCGUGUCGGCGGCCACGUCAGGACUCUACCGCUGCGAGGUCAUCAGCGACCACCCGGACUUUAGGAAGGAGGAACAGUCCGCCCCCCUGAGGGUUGUGC